CCACAACGUCGAGCAAGCCGCCAGUUUCGCUCGAAGGCAAGAACCUAGAACAUCACUAGAAGAACUGGAGAAUACGAGUGUAGCGGCCGUACAAUCAGCCCUUGAUAGACUUUUAUUACCGUUCACUGCAUAGCCAAGAGUCGGAUUUGAAGGAACACUGAAGGGAGUCGAGUAUUGGUUCAAGGGUGUUUGCGAGGAGUCGGUUGGGAGGAUAGAGGAGGCGCAGAAGUUGAAGGACGUUGAAGGGGUUGUGGAGUAUCGAGGAACAUAGGAGUUUGCAGGAGGAGAGGAGCUGCAGAACGCGACUGAGCAGAAGAUGGGUUAUUUCCAUGAAUUUGAGCACGCACCGUGGAGGCUUAAAUAACCAUCCAGGCGAUUCGCUCGUCCUCCACGCAUGCAUCGACUUUCUUAAGUGCCACUUCCGUUGCAUUUGUGCGAAGCAGAAAUCUACUUGUUCCGUUCCUAACAACGAUAUCACACGGCGACUCUCGGAGAAGGACGUCUCCUCGAUAGCACAGCAUCACCUCCUCAACACUCGCUUCCAGUUCGCAUCGCAUCAGCUGGCUCCGCUUCUCUCCGAACUCGAGCAACGAGCAGCGUCCCACCCUGAUCCCCCUGCUUCAUGAUCACAGAGUUAGCGUUGACGCGUGCUCCAGGAGUGUCACACGGCGUGGUUUGCGCCGAGGAAAAGGAUCGUGGUGAGACGGUUGGUGGAGGACGUGAAAGGAUUGGAGGUAGGGCGGGGGAGGUCAUCGAGGCAGCAUAUACCCGUCUCUCUGCGUUUGGAAUGAUUCUCGGGAAUGUAAAUCAACUUAGGCACGUCCGUCUCUGAAUAAAACAACGAAGGCACGAAGGAAUCGAUGGCUGGCUGGAUGGAUGGAUGGAUGGACGACGGCAGACGAUGCCGGGAUGUAGCUAUCCGAAGCAGCUCUGCGCGGAUGAGUGGGAGCUCUAUCGUUUCUCUCUCGUUCUUUCCCUGAUCCUUAAAAAAUAAUUGCGACGCGCCUCUGUCGUAUCACCGACAGACUCCCAAACCUUACUAUCGCGUCUACCGACUUCCUACGCCCAAUCGACCACACGCCCAACGCACUCGACCGGCCACCGACGCACGAAACUCACUCGUCCACUCGCUCCCCCCCAACUAUCACCCUUCAAAGCGACGCUCAC